AUGCCUACAUUAAAAGAAGAAUUAGAAGAAGUGAAAUUAAAAUAUAAUGCUCUGAGGGAAGAAUGGGGCUUACAGCAGGAACAUUUGGGUAGACUUCAAACUCAAAUAUCAGGUCUUCAUAAUCAACUACAGCAGCAAAGUGCAUUUUGUGCAUCAUUGGGUGCUAUUUUAGGUCAUUUACUUUGGAAGGCUUCAAGAUCACCUGAAAUUGUUGAAACCUUGACAGCCGGAAAUAAAAUAGGAGAUUUCUUUUUAAUUGUUGUUGGAACCCUCACAUCAUUUAUGGAUACUUAUAGGCAAGAGAUUCCUAAUCAAAACUCAGAUGAAAGCCAAUUUGUCAUGUCACUGGUAGGUAUUGUCACUAAUAUUGCAGCUACUUCAGAAGGAAGACUUUUCCUUAUUGUCGAUGAACAAGGAAAAAAUUUAGUUAGACAUUUUGUUAAAAUCUUACAAUUUAUACCAGUGCCUUCUGGAAAUUGUUUAAAAAGGCUUAUUUUUAUGACUUUGUACAAUAUAAGUAUUAACAGUGUUGGAGUAAUAUACCUGCAGGGACAAAACCAAUUACUAAUUGGUAUUGCUAAAACAUUGGUAGAUGACACUCAACCUCAAGAAUUACAUUUAAUGGCCCUUAGAUUACUGCAAUCGAUAACAUGGGAAAUAAAUUGCAAAGCUGUUUUGGAAAAUAUUGCAGAAACUGUGGGAAGGAAACUUUUAGACAAAUUUCUAAGAUCCACAAAUCAAGAAUUCAGCACAGCUUCAACCGCAAUAAUUACAAAUAUAGAAAGAAAUAAAAUGAAAAUUCAAAAUCUUCAAGAAUGCGGGGGUAAGUAUUCAGAAUGUGAUAACAGAAACUAA